CAGUACCAGUCACACUUCAUCCGUUUUCUCUGUCUCACUCACUCCUGCUUCCUCCUCUCUUUCACUCCCUUUCUCUCUCCCUUGACUGCUAUCCUGGCGCUUCUCUCCAAAAGGAGCAAGCAAGCUAGCUGUGCUCUUUAGUGUUGGACCGCUCUGAGGUGAACAAGAAAUAAACCACAUCAAAGACGAGGUGAUUGGGUGGUGAUACCAGAGGGGGAAGCUAGUCAAAAUGCUUCAGGACAUUGGUGCUAGAGCCAUGGGGGUUUAUGAUUACCUCUUGAAGGGAACAGACCCGCGACUGUGGAGUUACCCACUCAUGGGGAGUCCGGUGAACAUGUCRGCCAUCUUGCUGACCUACAUCUUCUUCGUGCUGGUUGCUGGGCCUCGCUUCAUGGCCAACCGCAAGCCCUUCCAACUCAAGGAGGCCAUGAUCACUUACAACUUCUCCAUGGUGGCAUUGAACGCCUUUAUUGUCUAUGAGUUCUUGAUGUCAGGCUGGGCCACGACAUACACAUGGAGAUGUGACGCAGUUGAUUACUCGGAUAGCCCCCAAGGCCUUAGAAUGGUUCGAGUGGCCUGGUUAUUCUUGUUCUCCAAAUUCAUUGAGCUCUUGGACACAGUGUUUUUUGUUCUGAGGAAGAAACAUGGUCAGAUCACCUUCCUGCACGUCUUCCACCACUCUUUCAUGCCCUGGACCUGGUGGUGGGGCGUCAGCUUAGCUCCCGGGGGAAUAGGCUCUUUCCAUGCCAUGGUGAAUUGCAUCGUCCACGUCAUCAUGUACUCUUACUACGGCCUGUCUGCGGCUGGACCACGCUUCGAAAAGUUCCUCUGGUGGAAGAAGUACAUGACCGCCAUCCAACUGGUUCAGUUUGUGAUGGUGUCCCUCCACGUCACCCAGUAUUACUUCAUGGACAGCUGUGACUACCAGGUCCCCCUGUUCAUCCACCUCAUCUGGAUGUAUGGUACCUUCUUCUUCGUGCUCUUCUCCAACUUCUGGUACCAGGCAUACGUGAAGGGAAAGCGGUUGCCCAAGCAGGACUCCAAGCCUGGCCUCAAYGGCAAGGCCAACGGGACCACCAUGGUCGCCAAUGGCAAGCACCACAAGAAAGGUAACAGUAAUGGCACCAGCAACGGUUCCAGUCACAACGAAAAUGGCAGUGCCCAUGCGGGCAAGAUGAAGAAGUCCUAGGGUCUUCGGAAAAGAACAUCCGAGACGCGUGAAUACGAGAUCCCGCACAAACUACUGUGGAUUCCAAAGAAUGUUUUGGUUAUGUUUCUUUUCUGGUCGUUUUUAGUUUUAUUCAGGACAAAAAGCUGGGGAAAUUACGAGGUCAAUGACUUCUGCGGUUGGGGUCCCACAUUUCGUUUUUUUUUUUUUUAACUGGAAACUUACUAUGGAACACAAUUUAUGAAAAGACAUGUUAUGUCCUGAUGUUAUCUCUUUACUGAUGUUGCCACCUAUGAUAAAGAUGAGCAAUAAUGACUAUAUAAAAUAAAUAAUAAAAAUACUGAGCUAUAUUGUAUA